CUGGAGGGAACACUUCGGUCGGUUCCAAGAGGUCGGCUGCAACAACAUGCAACCGUUCCAACUCCCAUCAAUAUGAAAAUGACGAUGAUGAUUUUGACCCCCCCGCCACCUAGAACUGCUCUUACCCGGAGGACCGACCCGCCAGUCAAGCGGCCAAAGGUAGCUAAAGCUAUAUCAUCCACCGCCGGUCAUAAUGGAAACCAACCAUCAAAACCGGCACCAACCAUUAGGUGCUCACCUGGAUUCGUGCUCUCUGCCAUUGAUCUAUUAACCCAAGAUCAAUAUGCAAAUGUCAAGGCUACUCCAUUGGGUGAAAUUCUGAACCUAAAAGCUGAUGCUCUUGAGUCCAGGAAUUUGCCGGUAUUCCUUAUGAACAAGACUGACAAGGACACUCUAAUAAUCAACGUCGGCACUCAAGGUGGACUGAAAAUUACCCCGCAUGCUGUGCAUUGUGUCAUGGGCACUCCACUUGGUGGUCGUGACCCAUCGGUCUGUUCUGUCACCCAAAAGAAUGAGCUGCUUAGACUCAAGAACGAGCUGAGCGUGCCAGUCGAUCAGAAUAUAACCUACAAAACUCUGUGCGACUAUAUAAAGUUGAAGAGGCCUGAUGAUUUGUCCACAAGAUGUUUCAUUCUGAUUAUAUUCAACUGGUUACUCUUUCCUUCCACAAGGACAUAUAUAUCUGGUAGGGAGGCUGCUUGGACUGCAGACAUUGCUAAUAUUGGUGCGAUCGAUUGGUCCAAAGCUGUUGUUGAUUACAUGAGGGAUAGUGUUGCAACAUGGCACUCCAAGAAGAACAACAAUGGAGUAUUGUCCAUUUCUGGUUGUGUGCUCUUUUUAAUAAUUUACUAUUUGGACAAUCUCCUGAGUGUCAAUAUGUUGGAUGCGUCUCAAACACCACGCAUAGCUUUCUACAACACUGGGAAGAUGCAAGCUAUCUUAAGUGAGGAUAAGUCGAAGAACAAGCCAGACUCGGAGUCAUAUGGCAACCUACCGCUUCGGUCCCAGGAGGGUACUUGCUACUUGGAUGUUAAUGCCAACGCGACAUCAGCAAGCCAUGCUCAACCUCAUGCCCAUUCUGUUCUGUUCAUUAGCAUGCUGGAGCAACUCAGGGACUGCGUGGAUCAACUACCUCAAUCGAAGCAGGUUGUGGCAUUUGCUGCUAUACGGAGGUGUGAUGAUUCAGUUGCCAAACUACUUGCUGAUGUUUCUCUCGAACAACGCAAGGUUGUAUCGGAGUUACGCUGCAUAAUGCUCGAUCCUUCGACGUCUUCGCCAUCACCUCCAAUUCAGAGGGAUCCUAAGCCAAUUUCUCGUGCUGCGGCACAUUUGGAUAAUGUAGCGGGCAAUGUGGACAUCGAUCACACUACUAUCUUUGGCCCCAAUACUUUUGCUACUUUUCUUGAUGGCCCAGCAGAACGGUCGAUUCAUGACAUUCCUGCUGCUACAGACAAUAUUGAAGUUGAUGGCACCAGUAUACAAUCCGAAGCCGACCGCAGUGUUCAGCGAAACGAUGGUGUGGAUCCCAGCAAGAAUCUUCCAUCGUCAGCAGAUGGCCCACUGCAAGGUUCUCUUACCCAACUGCUCCAGGGUAAUAUCGAAGCUUCUACGACCAAGUCCCAGCAAGAAAGCUUGCUUAACGCAUUUUAUGGACCUUAUGACAAAAGCGAAAAUGAUUGCACAAGUAACCAGCCCAAUAAACCUCAUCAAACAGUUGAGCCACACAAUACUGUUGACUCUAUGAACAACCUUCCACCACCAGACAAACAACAUGGCUCUGACAGCCACUCAAAAACCGAUUGCCCUACUCAUGCUGCUAACUGUUCUGAUGUGGAUGCGCAAGGAAUCACCGAUCCCAUUACGUUUUCUCAAAUGUGUGAAGGCAUUGAAUAUGAUGGAACUGGAUGCCCCUCAUGUGAUGCAGACGCGCGUCUUAUUAAUGAGGUGCACCUUGAUGACCUAGGCCAUGAGCAUGAAGAAGAAGCUGAGAUAGCUCCAACUAACACUGAUGCAGAAAACUUGGGGGUGGGUGUGUCAGACGUAUUCACGGGCCAAAAGUUUGUCAAUGAGGCACAAAUCGAUGCAGAAGCUGCUGAUCACACAGAGCAGGUCUCAAAAGAUGGCCAUUUAUCUGUGGAUGCACCAAUAAUUACUGGUCAAGUCCCAGUUAACCAUGACAAUGAUGCUGAUCGCCAAAUUACUGUCCAUGAACCAAUUAGCCACACAGAACAGUGUACCACCGCAGAGAAAUUUCAGUUGGAAGAUGCCAACACACCUGAAUCCUUAGUAUCCUUCGGUCAGCCAACACAAGAAUGGGAAGUUAGCCAACAACUUCGAGAUGCUAAUAUUCACCCAGACAGAACCCCCCAUUUUGAUACUAGAGAGCCAUCCCACAAAGUGUGUAUUAGGAGUGGCAGUGAAAUCAUCAAAUUACCUCACACUGGAGCGGAGGCUCAACCUACCAACCUACAGCAGUCUGCCUCCACUGCACAACAGGCUGCCCACACUAUCCAGGUCUCUGAUGCAUCUGCUCUACAGCUGUCUCCCAGGCGCUCGGCGAGAUUUAAAAAAACAGAUGUUUCUACGGAAAAACAUACACUUGUUCGCACCGCCAAGAACAUGGAGAAGGACAAAACCAAUGUCCCAAGCUUUGUGAACCCCAACCAAUUCGGAGCUCCUGGAAAUGUUCUGCAAUGCGGUCAACUACCAGUUAUCGUAAAGAGGAUCAGGAAGAGACCAUUGAAGAUCAUUUCUCCAUUUAAAUUACAUCCUGUUAAGUCUACCAUUUCUCUCAACCACGCCCGAAAACUCCGUGACAUAGUAAUCAACGACCUUGAUCUCAAAAAGACUGGACUUCUUGCUUACGAACCUUCUAAGUUAUAUCUUACUGGCAUGGAUCUCGCAAAAAGCUUCGGCGAUGGGGCAUCAAUGCUACCCAGCUUGAUGGAAUACUACAUAGACAUUCUGCGUCACGAUGAGAUUAAAUUAAGGCCCACGUCGGCUGGGUACAGGAUGUUCCUUCGUUGGUCACUAUCGUUCCACCUUAAUGUCGAUGCUCGGCACGAGACGCAAUCCUUCAAUCCUACUUUCAUUGAGGCACUAUUAAAGGAAGACCUCGCGGAUAAAGACCCUCAAGAUGUUCGCAUGAUAUUAUGGGUAUCCCAUCAGGGCAGUCAUUUCUCAGUUUAUUGUGUGAAUCGUGUUCACAGACGGAUUGACGUCCUCGAUUCAGUUGACUGGAGCACACAACAGACUACAUUUGAGGAUUUUCAUAAGCCGUGGGGUCCUAUUGCUGUCGCCAGACUCAAUGAUGCUUUUUUAAAAGUUACUGAGGGGAAGUUCGACAACUUCUGCAAGUGGCCUAUUGCUAGAUUUCCAACCCCCAAACAACUUGCCAACGACUGUCCUUUCUUCUGUUUCAAAUUCCUGAAAUUUUAUGAUGGCGAGGAGAAUCAAUUACGAAUCAAAAUCGACCCAGAGAAGUUUAGUGAUUACAGGUCGGAGGAGCUUGCAUACAUGGUGUUCCAUGAAUUGAAUUUAUUUCGUCAGCUACCACCUCAAAUUGAAGUUUUGAGGAAGGCUAUUACAAAAGCAUAACCAGUUGCCGGCACUAGCAAACCAAAAUGUUUCGCGAGGGGAGUCACAAGCUAGCCAUGUUUAUUUCCAUAUCCACCAUGAUUACUUUCCCGACAGAUAUUCGUCCUAAUGUAAACCUAAGUGACGGAGAAUAUUAUUGUACUGCUUUCCGUACUUGCUUCUGCAUUACUGUAUUUUGUAUUAUCUAAUCGUAUAUUA